CCAAAUUUAUAAAAUUAGGCUUGUAGUUUUUAGUAUAAUGUUGUCGUCUUAUAGAAUUUAAAAUAUUUUUUCAUAAUUAAUGUAUUUUUAUUUCGAAAAUGGACUAAUUUGAAAAAACACUCAGUUAGAAAGUACUCCCUCCGUCCAAAAAAGAACUUCCCGGUUUGACCGGGCACGCAAAUUUAUAUGUGAUGAAAAUUGUGUUGACUUUCCCAAUAUGCCCCUUAGCCCUAUUGCCUCUCUCCACCGCCCCUCCCCUCCACAACUUCCCACUGUCACUGUCGCAGACCCGCCCCCACCAUUGCAACCCCCCUCUACCACAGCCGACGCUGACAUUUCUGCACCGCCGCCGCUGCGAUGCCGUCUACUACAGCCGACGUUGACAUUUCUGCACCGCCGCCGCUGCGGCUUAUGCACCACCGCCGAUGAUGCUUCCGCAUCACCCGCCGUCGAAAGCCCCUGCCAUCGAAGCGCCCAGCCGUCGCAGCCCUGGCAUCCUCUCGCCGUCACAACCUGCAUCUCUCGCCGUCACAAGCCCCCGUCGUCAAAGAUCUAUUUUUAGACUUCUAGUUAGGGAAGAAAAUCAACAUCCCUUCAUAGAUCUGGAAAAAAAUUAAAAAUUUUGUCACUAC